AAGGGUUGGCUUUUGUCCCCUACCAUCGCGCACCUCUCCUCCCUACUUAUACAUCCACGACGCUACGCUAACGAGUUACUGACGACUACGACCGUGAAACCUGCCCCUACAUCUAUCCACCACGACCUCCCUAUACAGAGCCGCUUCUACAUCCUUGUCGCCUUCGAACUCCGUUAGCGUCAGGAUGGCCCAACCCUCUUCAUCCCAUCACCGCGAACGAGAGCGCAGCGAGCGCUCUCGGCACCACCACCACCGUACCAUCUCCUCGACCACCCUGCUUCUAGUGCUUUCACUUGUAUUGGCUGUGCUAGCAGUCAUGCUAUCCCUACCCGCGAACCGCGGUGAGGGCGUGCUCCCCGGUGAUCCUCAGACGAGUCAGGGUAUCCUGGGAUACCUGACUCCCAAGCGGACGCAAAUGCUUGCUCAGAGAGAGCGGGACGUGGCCAUUCGUGAGGCUGAAGUCGCCAAGCGUGAAGCUGAGCUUCUGGCAGGUGCUCCUGGAGGAGUCACUCCUUCCCCUCAAGUUUGCGCACCCUGCCCGUCAGUUGUUACCACCGAAAUUAUGCCGCCAGUCCAGACUGUGAUCAAAGAGGUCAUCAAGGAAGAGGGUCUUACUCCCCCUGGCUGGUUACGCGAGGCACAGAUCCGCGCUGAGGAUAUCCUCGAGCGCGAGAUCAAGCUUGCCGAGCGCGAACGAGACAUCAGCAGACGUGAGGAAGCAGUCAAUCGUCGGGAGCAUGACGCUUCUCGGCGUGAAGCUUGGAUCAUGGAACAGAUUGUCGGUCUGAACGCUGAAAACGGUCCCACUGUGGAAGAAGAGUAUAUCUACGAACCUGCAGGUGCAAAGCGGGGAUCCCCUAAGGAGCUUCCCGGCUUUGUCGUGACCGAGUCCAUCUUUGAAACCAAGACCGUUACCGAGACCGAAUUCCAAACGUUCCACGCACCAGCCAAGACUGUUCACCUUCCUCCUCCCGCCAACACUCGUCUAGCUGCCUCCCCUGCACCCGAGGUGUUCUCACCGUCCACCACACCUGGUAUUCCGAAGACAACUGCGGUCCAGGUGCUGGUCGACGAGGAGAUACGGCACGAGCCCGAGCCUAUUGAGGAGAUGCCACCGCCCCCCAUGACGGUCAGUAGGCAGAGAGCCAGGAAGCCGAAGAGCUGGUUCGGUGGCUGGUAAUCAAUUGAACGUGUCUGGACUUUGGUACGAGCAACGCAUGGACUAUAUAUUUCAUCUAUUCAGUUUUCUGCUGUUCCCUCCUUUGCUUUUCUCUUCGGCGAUACCUCGUAUUGCCUCUGCACAUAUGCUUCGGGUUCUUUCGCGCACCUGCGCUGGGUUGUAUAUGUUUGGUUGACGAUGUGACAUACGACUACGGGAACACUGGCGAAGGGAUAGAGGUUAUACUACUCACGACGACGGCAUAUGGCUGCUUUACGACCCUUACUUAGCUGUAGCUUACCAUGUAAACUAUGUUCGAUAUGCUCUUGAAAUUGCCUGCUGGUCUGGUUACUGCAAGCU